AGAUUUUAGUGUUGAAAGAGUUCAAAUUUAUACUCUCUGCCUUUUAUUUUACAAAUUCUUAAAUCUCUUUUUGCAGGCUACAAGAUGGCAGCACAGAGUGGAAGAUCAAAUGAAAACGUUGUGAUCGAUGUUCAAUCUUCGUUGGUAUCUUCUCUGAAUGUUGAACUGAGGGAUGCUUGUAUAUCCAUGCACCAGAGCUACUGCAUCUUCAAUAUCCCCAGCAUACUCUUCAGGCACAAUGAAAGCUCGUUUCUCCCCAAUUGUUUCUCCAUCGGCCCAAUGCACCGUGGCAAACAGCACUUGGUAGCCGUUGAGAAAAUCAAACUCAAGUACCUGAAAGGUCUCCUCUGCAGGGUGAACGAAUCCAAGCAGAUUGAAGAACAGAAAGUUUUAUCUGAUUUGGUUAAUGCUGUUAAUUCGAUCGAGAAACAGGCUAGCGCUUGCUAUGCAGGGCAUGAUUUCGCAGAGGAAUUGGGUGAUGAAUUCGUCAAAACAAUGCUGCUGGAUGGCGUCUUUUUAAUCGAGCUGUUUCGUAGAGGUGUUGAACAAGAGAAGGAGACUGAUGACCCCAUUUUCUCCAUGUCAUGUAUGCUGCAAUAUCUGCAUCAUGACUUGAUUUUGCUUGAGAAUCAAAUCCCCUGGUUAGUGCUUGAAACCCUGUUUGAAAAAACCAGGAUCCCUUGUGAAAACAAGUCGACCCUGAUUAAACAUGCCCUUUCCUUCUUUGCCAACACUUUCACUUCUGAUCAACCUAAAACAAGCUGUUUCAAAGAAGGACAAGAGAUCAAACAUAUUCUUGAUUUGUUAAGAUUAUCAUUGGUGCUACCAUCCCAAGAAAACAAAAACAAACCUAAAGCCGGAUGGCAACCGAUUCGUUCCGCAACGAGGCUCAAAGAAGCAGGCAUAAAUUUCAAGAAAGGCGAAGCAGAUAGCGUGUUGGACAUAAAGUUUAAAGACGGAUGUGUCGAAAUCCCGCCGUUGCUUAUCCAAGAGACGACGGAAACGAUAUUCCGGAACCUGAUCGCCUACGAGCAGUGUUUGCCGCAUUGUCUACCUAUUUUCACUUGCUACGCCAAGCUCCUUGAUGGCCUUAUCGACACCAACGAUGACAUGGAGAUACUAUGCAAGCGUGACAUCUUCGAUAACUGGUUGGGGCUCGAAGAUUCAACCAAGUUCUUCAAUAAUCUUUACAAUGAUACUUACGUCAAGGAAUUCUAUUAUUCAGAACUUAGUGAUAAACUGGAUGAUCAUUGCAGAACGUGGUGGCCUCGAUGGCGAGCAGCCUUAGUGCACAACUAUUUCACAAAACCUUGGGCUAUGGUUGCUCUUGUUUAUGCUGUUAUCAUGUUUGGUCUCACGCUGUGGCAAGCAAUAAAAUAG